AUGAAAACACUAUUCGAGCCUCAUUUCGGCCUAGUUGGUUCUGGACCCACCUGCUUUACGCAUUUCACGCUUCAGGGCCAUCACUUCCUCUUUCGACUACACCUCCUCGGGCAUGUCAUGGAUCAAUCUCCUGGGAGUCAUGUACAGGGUGUGACUGAGAACCUGCCGAUAUUGGGACAACAUCAGCCGCUCUCAAUCGACGUGACACAUUUGGAAGCUAGAGCCAGAGGUAGAGAAUACGGCGGAGGCAGGUCUAUGAAAGUCGAAAGCUGA